AGCAACAACAACACACGAUCUCUACAAGAUUAGUGGAUCAAUUGGUUUUAGAUCUGAAAAACAAAAAUAAAAAUUUAACGUUGUUGAUCGAUUUUGCUUCAUCCGAUCCUCUUCUGCGAUAGUGAAGAUGGACAACGAUUUGGACUUAACACUGAAGUUAGGUUUGCCGAAUUCGACUGUUGAGACAAAUCUCAGCUUAAACACUUCAACCACCACUUCCACCAUCACCACUGAUCAGGAUACCAACGACGACCGUCGUGAGGACAACAACAACAACGACGGUGGCCGUGGAGACAAAAACAACAACGGCGGUGGCGAGGUUUUCAACCUAUGUAGGGCUAUCUGGGGAGAUAAUAAAGUGAGCAACGACGAAGGUGCAAGAAGAAGCAACGUGGACAUGAAUAUUAGAGUCUACAAUUACAUCUUUCAACAGUUCGCCGGCGCCCCCAACACUCUAAACUUCGACACCUACCCAAUGCCUCCGCCUCCGGGAUCGGCACCGGCUCCAGUGACUCGUCCGGAGAGAGAAGCGUAUGUUCUGAUCGAUGUUCCUGCUAGUAGAGCUCAACGUAACAACGCUAUGUUGAUGGCAAACGCUUGGAGCGAAAGCCCGAGCUCGUACGGCAAGAGGCUUCGCGUCGGUUGCGAUGGUGGCUACUGCGGCGGAAGGGCUGAAGGGCCGAGGAAAUGUACGAACAAGAACUGUAACGCACUUACCACACCUAUGUGGCGAAGGGGUCCUCUUGGUCCUAAGAGUUUGUGCAAUGCUUGUGGGAUCAAGUUCAGGAAGGAGCAAGAGAGGAAAGCCAAAAGAAACUGAGUGAUUUGUAGUUGGAUAAUUAAUAUAAGAAAAUAAGAGAAAUUGAUUGUGUUAAUUAAGCAUUUGUGUUAUCAAUGUCUUUUUUGGUUCAAAGUGUUAUCAAUGUCUAUGAUUGAGCAUUAUGGGAGGAAAGCUAAAAUUUUGAGAUUUUACCAUUUAAGCAAUUGUAAUGUCAAAACUCAAAAGGUCGCUCAUGUAUUAUCAGUGUCUAUGAUUAAGCUUUUUUGUUGUUGUUUCA